AUGAAAGUCACCUCAGUUGCCUUGACGGCAGCCUCUGCCACGGUCGCCCUCGCGCAGCCUCACAACCACGGACACCGACACUUCCACAAACACGAAGCACGCGAUGUUUCCACUGUAACCAGCUGGGCUCCUGGUCCCACCGAAUACGCAUAUGUGCUCAAUGGACAGCCGAUCUCUGCUGAGGAAGUUUGCAAUGGUAUCGAAGACAAUGAGCUCAAGUUUGUAGACGGCCAGGAUCCGGGUGUCUGCUCUUCGUCCUCCGCUUCGAGCACCUGGCUCGACUGGACAAGCUCAACCACCGCUUCCAGCUCAAGCUCCACGACCUCUAUCCCCACCACCACUGCUACCACCACCACCACCACUACCACUACCUUCGCGGCAAGCAGCACCCCGGCAGAAUUCUGGGCAGCACCGUCUUCAAGCUGGAGUGCUCCUAGUUCGUCGAGCGCUGCCGGCUGGGGAUCAGCACCUGCUUCUACGGGCGGCUGGGGCUCACAAAGCUCCUCCACUCCUUCCUCUGGAGGUUCUGGUGUUGACUCAGACUUCCCAGAUGGAACAAUCUCUUGCUCCGACUUCCCGUCUCAAUAUGGCCCAGUUCCACUUUCCUACCUGGGCAUGGGUGGCUGGAGUGGUCUGCAGGAUCUACAGAUCGCCAAUGGGCUCGUCAACACAAUCGUGACUGGUAUCUCCGGACAAAGCUGUACAGAAGGUAUGAUGUGCUCCUAUGCAUGCCCACCGGGAUACCAAAAGUCUCAGUGGCCAAACAACCUGCAAGGAGCGUCGGGCCAGUCGGUCGGUGGUAUUCAAUGCAAGGGUGGAAAGCUCUACCUGACCAACUCGGCACUCUCCAGCAAGCUUUGCAUUCCCGGUGUCGGUGGUGUCCAGGCCCAAAACAAUGCCAACGGUGUGGUUGCCAUCUGCCGAACAGACUACCCUGGCACCGAGUCUGAAACCGUUCCGGUGGAAUUACAACCAGGCGAGACUGAGGCUUUGGCCGUGCCUGAUGCUGGAUCAUACUACACUUGGCAAGGAAAGUCGACUUCGGCACAAUACUACCUCAACCCUAUUGGAUACCCAGCUUCACAGGCAUGCCAGUGGGGAUCUCCAGGCACUCCAAUCGGUAACUACGCGCCGAUUAACUUUGGUGUCGGGGCCAAAGACGGCACCACCUGGUUGUCAAUCUUCCAAAACUCUCCAACCACAUCGGCUCAAUAUCAAGGAACGGUCGAGUUGAAAGGUAACCUUUCAGGAUCUUGCAAGUACUCGAAUGGACAAUACUGCGGAGUCACGGGAUGCAAUUCACAGGGUUGCACUGUCUCGAUUAUCUCAGGCACAGCAACUUAUGUCAUUUCCAACUAG